CCGGAAGUUACAAGUCGGAAGCCAACUUCACUGUCAUGUAGAGUGCAGCCAUGUCUAACGUCUAAACGAACGAGCUGAAACUUCUUUUACUUAAAAACACAGUCAUUUUUGUUAACGGUGUAAGACAUGGGAGUGUUUUUACUACGGCGGUGGAUCUCUCCUUGAGAAACAAAGAUCAUACCAGCAGUCAAACAUUUGGUGGUGAUAAGUGUGAUGUUUCUUAUCAGGUGAGGUGACGUCAUGAUCCUGGUUCCCUGCACCAGCUGAAGACUGACACGAUUCACCACAAAGCUGCUGUCACUAUGGGGACAACGACAAGCGAGCCGUGUAUCUACGACAAACUGUCUGAGAGCAUCGAUAUCCUCCGUCAGUCGGGAUACCGCUACGGCAUGUCAGAGAGAGAGAUCGAGAGGUUCAUCAAGCAGAUUUUGGAGACCAACGAGCCCAGAAGAGAGCCUCCACAAUUUCCCAUUCUUAGAGCCACCAUUAAGUUUCUGGUGGCUGUGGGCUUCCUGCUGGUGGUGGUGCUGGCCUUCACCUACCCGAAGAGUUCCCCCCAGCUGGGACUGGUAAAUCUGGGCUGUUGCAACUGGUCGUCCCCUCUCAGCCAUGUCCGCCUGCUCUCCCUUCCUAUUGCCAAGAAGUACAACCUCCAAGGUUUUCAUGAAUGGUGGAGUGCUGGUUCUCUCCGGCAGAGUCUGGUUAACUGUUCAGGAUGUGCAGAGAUCUCCUCGGUGCUGGAAGUCCCAGAAAGCCUCAGGGGGACUGUGACUCUACGACGGGGACCACAGCUGGUCCUGCUGAAGGGCGGGGAGUCCCUCAGCAUCCAGCGGCAGCAGCUCGAGGAGCUCUACUUGGCCCAUUCAGGAUCCAUGUCAAUUCUGCUGGAGGAGGAAGACGGCCUGCAUAGCGACAACCUCGGCCUCCCUCAGGGACCUGCCAACUUCACCCUGCUCUGGAGGUUCAGUUCUGGAACCAGGGAAAAGGUGUUGAGGUGGCUCUUCCCAAAGGCGGAGCUCUGCCCCCUGCUGGAAAGUUCUGGGACCAUCCUGCAGCGCUGCCUGGUCACCCAUAGCACAAACUCUCAGAGCAAGGGUAUCAGGGUGCUGGGAUGGCUGGUGGUGGGAGAGGGGCUGCCAACAGUUCGAGUUGUGCCUGUUGAGCGGUGCCAGAAACACUGUAGCUCCUUCAACCUUUGGCUUUCGCCUGGAGACAUGGUGUAUGCUGACCCUCGAUACUGGCAGAUGGAGCUGUUCCCUGGACGUGGCCAGAACAUCAUCUGUGACGGCACGACCUUUUAGCCUUCAGACUGACAGAGUUCAGGACUUGGAUGUGACACACGAAGCACCUCUAAAUGUUUGUGUCUGGAGCUUGUUGGCCUCUUUGUGCCCAUUCUCUGCCCAUCGUUGCCUUAUAACACCGAUGAUGUUUUGUUUUAUAGCAUCUUUCUGGUUUGAUAAUCCUCUAACAACUGAACACAAAGAGGUCAGGUGGAGGAAAAAAAAAAAAAGAACUUCCUGCCAGGUCCUGUAAGAGUGAAGGUCAGAGUAAUAAAUAAAGACUUGUUCUUUAGCUGAAGGGCUGAAAACGAUCUGUGCUCGUGCCACAGCUUCUAGCUAAUUUUAUUGCAAAAUAAUCUUAGAAAUGAUAGGGUGUGUCACUACUUAAGAAGGUAAUAACACUGGUCCCGGACCGAGGAAUCAUCUACAUCCUGUUCAGUGACUUAAAAGUACUUUUGUUGCAUUCAGAUCCACCCCCAGUGGAAGAAUAAAAACAAGUGAGAUUAAGAACGAGUACAUUGGUUUGUAUGUUUUUCUAUUAAGUUCCACAGCCAGAAAAUGUCUUCAUAGGAGCUGACUGACCAUUAAUUUGCAGACCCUACAAUCAGGCAAGCUCAUCUUGGUAUGAUUGCAUCUAUAAUUCAUUAAUGCAAUUAAUUUGGUCCUAAUCAUUUACGCUGGUAUGAAAAAAGAGCUUUAAACAGUCCUGCCAGUUGAGCUCCAAACCAUAUUUUCGUGUUCAUGAUGCAGAGUUUCUACCUGCAUAAAAAUGUGGUUCAGUUUGUUACUGAUGCAAAACCAAAUUCUCUAGAUUUUCACACAGGUAUCAUCUUACCACGUCAGACACAUCCACCCAUGAACAUUUACCAGCUUAUGAAAUGCACAUGCAGCUUCACCUCCUGAGCCGAUUUUCAUUUAAAGGGCCAGUUCAAGUUUUCUUUCUUGCAGUUUUUGCUUGCAGGUUACGUCCAAAUAUGGCUGCAAUUUUGUUGUAACAGCUUACAAUGUAAGUUAUCUACAUUGUUAUUUACAUAAAUUCAGAAUUAAACAUUACAUUGAACAAAUAGAAAGGAAAAGUAUUGUGCUGUUUAAUCACAAAUCAAAAGCAGACUAUAUUCUGUAAUUAGGAUAGAGCUUUUAAAUGUAAAAUGACUCUGUAAAAAUGGUAAAGCCCUACUGAUUCCAAGUUAUGGCUCUUGUGAGUUUGUCUGAUGGGUUAUCCUGGAGAACCUGUAUGUGGAACUUUCUUUUACCCUCUUGGGCAGAGGCAGAAAUGAGAACCGACCUUCUGACAACGCCACACCGCCGCAAGAAGGAAGCGUUUUAAUUUCCAGUGUUUUACAAAGCUACUUUCAGCGUGGCUAUUUAUUGUUCUGACUAUACAUGUCAAAUCUUUGACUUUAAUAGAAAUAUAUUGUAAUAUAUAUUUAUUACUGUUUCAGGACAAAGUGACAGCAGAGGAUAUUUUGUAUGUAUGAUCAAGAAAUAAAACUCUGAAUCAUGUUGAAUCUGUGUGCCAAACAGAAGUAUGCAUUUUAAAGUGAAAGUUCACACAGCUAAAAAAAUUCUGCAUAGAGAGGAAAUAGUUUUAUGACAAAAUAAAAAUAUUCAGCUUC